GCCUUAGACAGUGAACAUUUAACACGAGUACUAGUACUAUAGUAGUGUAGGAGUCGGCUCCAUUGUUGUUCUGCUUAUCAGUAGAUCCAUUAGAACUUUCUACUUUCAUCUUCUCUUUUCCUCGAAAAUGGAGACUGCUAGCUUCAUUCCAUCUUCAUCAAUUGUAAUGCUGCUAUUUCUCUCCUCCAUUUUCGCCAUUGAUGCGUCGGUGCACCAUUACCAAAACCAGAAAUUCGUCACCAAAGGAAAUUCCUUUGUUGUUCAUGGCGGCAGUGAAGGAAUCUACGCUCCUUCUGCUGAUUUUCCAGGAGAUUCAAUCAUUCGGUUUGAGAAGAUUACCCUUCGGAGGCCCAAGUUGUCUUCUAACUUUAGCUCAAGGGUGCAUGCCAUACUUUUUGAGGUAGAUGACAGAGAGACAAUUGGUGGUUCAGCAUAUGGAGGCCAAAGAGCUGUGUGCUGCACUACUGACCUUGCAAAACUCGGCGUCUGCAAGCAAGGAGAAAUUAUUCACCGGCAGUCUACUAAAAAUCCUGACUGGCCGCAAGUUUUUGGUGUUCCAUUUGAGGUUGAUGAAUUAGAAGCAACAUUCUCAUCUAGAUCUAUUCCGAUCACAAAAACUGGGAUGUACAAUUUGUAUUUUAUUCAUUGUGAUCCAAAUCUUAAUGAUGUAGUUGUAGAGGGGAAAACCAUAUGGAAAAAUCCGACUGGUUAUCUACCAGGUAGAAUGGCCCCGCUCAUGAAAUUUUAUGGGUAUAUGUCCCUUGCAUUUGUGGUUCUUGGGAUCUUUUGGUUUAGUCAAUAUGCAAGAUUCUGGAAAGAAGUCAUUCCUUUGCAGAACUGCAUUACUUUAGUUAUAACAUUGGGAAUGUUUGAGAUGGCCUUUUGGUAUAUUGACUAUGUCGAAUUCAACAAAACUGGAGUGAGGCCAAUUGGUAUUACUGCAUGGGCAGUAACCUUUGGCACAAUCAAGCGUACUGUUUCACGUUUAAUCAUCCUUACGGUUUCGAUGGGCUAUGGUGUUGUUAGACCUACACUUGGUGGUAUCACAUCUAAGGUCAUCAUGCUUGGAGCAACCUUCUUUCUUGCAUCUGAGGUCCUUGAGUUGGUGGAAAAUGUUGGUACCAUCAGUGAUCUUUCAGGAAAAGCUAGACUGUUUUUGGUUCUUCCUGUGGCGUUGUUGGAUGCUUUCUUCAUUUUAUGGAUAUUUAAUUCAUUGUCUGCCACUUUAAAUAAACUUCAGGCUCGUCGGAUGAUGGCGAAAUUGGAUAUCUACCGGAAGUUCACUAAUGCGUUGGUAGUGGCUGUUAUUGUGUCAGUGGGCUGGAUAUGCUAUGAGUUAUAUUACAAGGCAAAUGACGCGUACAAUGAGCAUUGGCAGAAUGCUUGGAUUAUUCCAGCGUUCUGGCAGGUUCUUUCCUUCUCUUUACUGUCUGUGAUCUGCAUUCUAUGGGCGCCUUCUCAAAACUCAACAAGGUAUGCUUUCUCAGGAGAUGAAGAUUUUGAUAGAGACGAUACUCUAACCCUCAUUAAACCCUCUCCAAUCCCUUCAAAAGAUUUAAGGAGCUCCUCUGACCUACAUCCAUUGCAAGACAACAAUGAGCUAUCUAAUGUUGACCAAGAGGAAGAGAAAACUGCUUAAAUGUUGAACUCUGUACCGCUUUCACUAUGAAUAGUUACAAUCCAUCAUCGCCCCCUUUUGAAGUUACUGUCAACCGCUGUUUUUCUGCUCGUUUAACAAACUCCUUACACAAGAGAGGCCAUCGAAGUCAUGAAGAGCAUGGGAGAAAAACGUCUUCUUGUUGGGUUGAUCCUGUUAUAAUUGUAGUUAUUGGUUCCACUUUAAAAUUGACUAGAAUGUCAACCUGAGCAUUAAAUUAGCGAUCUGUAGUGAUAGUUAUAGCACUUUUGGUAUUUUUGGUGCAUAUAAAAUUGUUGGUCAUUCAUGUCUAAUUGUCUAUUAUUACUGCUCUCUCUAUUUAAGUUACUUUUACCUGUUUCUCUA